AUAAUCAACACAAUGUUCUCUAAACUGGUAGCUCUUUGCGCCGUUGUGGCGGUGUCCUCGGCUGGACUCCUGCCUGCCCCUGUACACUACUCUUCAGCGGCCGCCGUCUCCUCUCAAAGCAUCGUCCGUCAUGACGAGAAUGCGGCUCCCGUUGCCAAAUUGGCCGUCGCUACCCCCGUUGCUUACCACGCUGCCCCUGCUGCAGUCGCCUACCACGCUGCCCCCGCCGCCGUUACUUACCACGCUGCCCCUGCUCCCGUCGCCUACCACGCUGCCCCCGCCGCCGUCACUUACCACGCUGCCCCUGCUCCCGUCGCCUACCACGCUGCUCCCGCAUCCAUCGCCUACCACGCCGCUCCCGUCGCUAAAGUUAUUGCACAGCCUGAAGAAAUCGCUUACCCCAAAUACGAGUACAAUUACUCCGUUGCUGACGGACACACCGGUGACAACAAGCAACAACAAGAGGUCCGUGAUGGUGAUGUCGUGAAGGGCUCAUACUCCUUCCAAGAAGCUGACGGUUCUAUCAGAACCGUGGAGUACUCCGCUGACGACCACAAUGGUUUCAACGCCGUAGUACACAACAGCGCCCCCACCACCGCCCCCUCUUACAUCAAGGCUGCUCCCGCCGUUGUCAAGACCCCCGUCUACGCCGCCCCAGCCCUCCAGUACUACCACUAA